GCGGGCCCUUGCGCGGGGCGACACGUUACGCAUGUGCAGUUGGACUCCGCUCUGCCUCUGUCCCGCGAGGAGUAGGGCGAUGGGAUGAGGGGACAGAGCGGGGGAGUCACGUGGGGUCUGAGGAGGAUGAGUUCCGCACCUGGUCCCGGGUCUGGGUUUGCUCCUUCCCCAGCCCCGGAUCCGACCCUCUGGGCUCCCCUCAACCUGGUGAGAAGAAGAGACCCCUGGGCAAGCCGGGGUGCUCCGAGCCGGAGGCUUGGGACUGCGAGGAGGGGCUGCUGCCGGGGCCCUGGUGGAGAUCCGCUUCUUUGUCCACCGCCAGGUCCGGGACCUCUAGAGUCCGAGGGCCCGGUUGUUCUGCCGGCUGACGGGGCUGGAUGGCGGGGCGAGCGGCCUUCACGGCGCCGGCCUCUCCCACGCCACACGGCGCUGCCCCCUGCUGGUGCAGGCGGGAGCUGCAGCCCAGCCCCCAAAUGGCACCUGGGGGAUGCGCCUGGGGCCCCCAACGGCACGGCCGGUGGCGGCGAGGAGAAGGAGCAGGAACGAGACGUGUGCAGCGCGGAGAACACCAGCCUCUUCUCCAGCUUCCAACACGUCGCCGUUGGCCUGGCCUUCGCCAAGGGGCGCCCCUUCCGCCAGCCCCCUAGACCAAGUCUGACCUGUAGCCCCAGCGAGUGGAGAGUCGCCCUGCUGGCCCUGGCGCUCGGCCACUUCCUGCGCUCGGCCUUCCUGGAGGUCCGGUUCCUGCUGGGCUCUGCCCCGGACGACGCCCCCCCCAGCCCGGAGCCCCCGGCCCCCCACAGCCCCCCCGUGGUGGCGCCGGGUGGGGCGGAGGCUCCGCGGGCGAAGACGGGGCUCGGGGGGCCGGCGGGGGACCUGGCCGCCCCCCAGCUGCUCACCAGCCUGGCCCUGGGUGAGGAGGUGCAGGCGGCCGCACGCCGGGGCUUCGACGCCCACCGGGCCGCCCAGGAGCUGCUGGCCACGUCCUUCCUCGCCCGCUGCAGCGUGGAGGGCAAGGCGGCCGCAGGCAUGAACAUCCCCCGAGAGCAGCAGCUGUACCAGGGGCUCGUCAGCCUGCAGGUGCCCGCGGAGGAGGUGCUGAGCUCUGCCCUGCAGGAGAAACUCUCGCUCGUCCGAUCCCAGCCUGAACCCCAUAGGGAGCCCGACCCCGAAGGCCCGGACCUGCUGAUGUUCUACGAGCCCCUGGAGCUGUUCGCGGAGACCCCGUACCUGGGCGUGGAGGGGCUGCCCCCCCUGCGGCUCCAGCCCCACGUCCGACCCCCGGCCUCCGCCUUCCUGAUGUUCCGCAAGCUGCAGCAGUGGGAGGCCUAGCGGGGCUGGCACCCGGCGGCUGGGCCCGAGACUGGUUCUGGGGGGCCCCCCCGCCCCCCCCCCGAGCUGUGUCCACACCCUUUGUACCCAGCCCCCCCGGGGCCACCAAAUAAACCCCCCUCUGGGCUCUCAGCUGCCGUGCCUGAACAUUGGGGGGGCCCUCCACGUGCGCUGUGGCCCCCUGCCACUGAUCGGGGUGGGGGAGGGGUGUGUCCCAUUGAGCCCCAUGGGGGGAGGGGCGGUGGAGGAUGGUGUUUCCCAGCAUUCCUCGGGGGGGGCCGCGGGAAGCGAGACAUCCCAUAAUUCCUGGGCUGAAUGGAGCCGGGACGUUUCCCAGCAGGCUCUGCACGCGGUCCGGGGGGAGGGGGAGGAAAAGGCGCCUACAUAUCCCAGCAGUCUUUGCGCGGCAGGACUCCAUUUCCCAUGAGGCUCGGCGGCGGCCCGGCCCCUUCCCGUCGUGCCCUGCGCGCAGGGAUGGCGGGCGCGAGAGAGCCGCGGCUCUCGGCGGCGGAAUUCGAACGGGUGAAGCUGAGUUACCUGGAAACCAUCACCCAGGAGCUGCAGGAGGCGGCCGGGCUGAUGGGGCAUCUGGACCGGAACCUGAGCGCCUGGGCCCGGCGGGCGGGGCAGCCGGAGGCGCUGGCUCAGGUGUGGUGCCGAUUCCAGGCCCAGCUGGCUGCUGCGUGCGCGGCCCCGGGGCCCCCCCUCCUCCCGCCGCCCGGCCCAGCCCAGCCCCGACCCGCAGCUGGAGGGAGACCGGAGCCGCCCGCCCCGCCCGGGGCUGGUCAAUAAACGCUGGCUCGGGCCUGGGCCCGCCUCGCGCCUGGAUCCUUCUCGCCGCCCCCAGGCGCCAGGCCGGGCAAUAAUCGGUAGCUUUUAUUUAUAUAUAAUAGAAUCAACAUCUGUAAGGAUAAAACUCCACGUCACACGCGGGGGGCGCCCCCCAGGCAAUGCCGCUGGGGCCCCCUGCUGCGGGGGGAACCGGCCCAGGGCCAGCAGGAAGGGAUCCCACAGGCACCUCUUCAGCCUGCCCCCGGCAAGAAGGGCAGCGCUGCCCCCCCCUUUUACAGCAGAGGGGAAACUGAGGCAGCUGCUGCCCUGGCUGGUCUCCCCCCUAACAACAGAUGCAAAGGGCCCCUCCCAUCCCUGCUGCAGAAAGAUGAGCUGUUAAGGGGUGGGAAUCAGAGGGGAGCUUGGACAGCUGACUGGGGGGGGGGGGGAAUGGGGAGCACAGACUGUUCUGCCACCCCCCCCCCCCCCAAUCUCUGCUCUAGCUUCCCCCCCAGCCCUGUGGUGGAAUGAAGUGCACUGGGCUCCAACUGGGGACUGGGUGGGGGGCUGCAGGGGGGAGCCCCCGGCCUCCUUUCAUCACCUCCCCCCGGGGGGGGGGCUGAGUAUUCAGUAUGGGGCACCUGCAGCCCCCCCCAUGCAGUUCUUCUCCAGGCUGCAGCGCUAAGCAGUGUCCAGCAGGGGGCAGCCCCUCUCACCCGGCGCAUUCAUUCCUCGGCAGUUUGGUGAGCGCAAACCCCGCGGGCCGGGCCGUCUGCCCGCAGGCGCCUGGGGCUGGGGAGCUGCGCCACGUCCAGCGGCUGCCGAUCUUGGGGCGCGGCGGCCAGUCCCGCCCGCCCCUGGGUCCGUCGGGCUCAGCCCAGCUGUCCUCCAAUGCAAAGAAAAAAACGGGGGGCUCCGGUCCCGAGCGUCGGCCGCUUCUCCCUCAGCGGGUGGUGGGGUGGCCCUUGUGAAGGAGAUAGAUGGGGCGCUGGAACCCUGCGGGCAGACGGGGGCAGCGGGUUAGUACAAGCACUGCGCUGCCCGGCCCCGCUGCUCCCCCUCCCCCAUCUGGGGCCCCCCCAAAUCGGCUAACACGGAGACUCGUUAUGUUGCCACGGAGCUGCUGAUCGUGACUUGUGAGCAACACCCGAGGAGCCCCUCCAGCUCUGCCGCCCCCCACAGAGAGCGGAUGUGAGGAGCUAGGGAAUCGGUCUGCGCCCCGACUAUGAAUCCUGCUCGUUACCGGAGGCUCGUUAGGUUGGUCUGUGUCAGAGGAGUCAGCUGCUGGUAGGCGCAGUUUUAGGGACCCCCGGAGCAUGGGGUUGCAUCUCUGACCAUCCUGGCUAAUAACCACUGAUGGCCCUGUCCGCCGUAAACAAUUCUUCUUUGACCUGUGUUCUACUUUUGGCCUUAACAUCCCCUAGCAAGGAGUUCCACAGGUUAACUGUGCAUUGUGGGAAGACAGGCUGGCUUGUCACAAUCCAAAUGUUUCAAGGGGAAGUGACGAUUUGGAUGGAAACAUUUGGAAACUAGCUGAAAUCCAAUGAAGCAUUUUGUUUUGACUUAUUUUGCAACUGAUAAAUAUCAAAUGUCCAUUUUAAUGCCUUGUAAUAAUACAAAUAGAUAGUAAUUAGGCCUGACAAAUUAGAUUGGUCAGUAAAUGUCUUUCACCAUAUCCACAAACCAACCAAAACAUAUCGCCAUGGCUAACUGAAGUUUACGGACAGGCAAAGGAAGGAAAAUACUGCCUGAAAGUUAAAAAAAAAUCCAGUGACUUUGGAAUUAGCCUCCUUACAAAGGCACUAGCCAAUGCAUAUUAAACACAGGCCGGAUUUGUUGAUUUAAGGAUACUGAUGUUGUAUAUUUUGACAGAGGACGUUGACCAGUUGCGUUUCAACUGCAUAAAUCUUUAACUUUUUGAAUCUA